GCCAUUGCAAGCUUUGAGCGUGCUCACCACCACCCGCGUUUCACCACCUCUGACAAUGCCAGACAAAACGCUCAAGGUUGUCACCUAUGCUGCCGGUGCGUCUUUAGCAGCAAUCACCCUCAUUUAUGUUUUCGCGCCGACGUACUUCCUCGAUAGCGACGCUUCGACCUCUGGCGGCGCCACACUCUCGACGCGAAAGAAGGGCGUUGUGGGCUUGUCGAACCCUGCCAACGACUGUUUUAUCAACUCCGUACUUCAGGCACUCGCGGGGCUUGGCGACCUUCGGCUGUAUCUAAUACGGGAGAUACAUCGUCGCAGCCUCGAUGACGAAUCCGUAUACGCCCAGCUUGUCCAAGCCGACAUUUUGGCCCAGGUCGAGGACGACAACAACCUACCUCGCUUCGGCAAGGACAUACCGAAUUGGAAACUGGAGGGCUUGCAGAGGGGUAGCGUCACCAAGGGCCUGAAGGAGAUUUUGGACGCACUAAACGAACGGCCAAUCCACAAAAAAACCAUAUCCGCCGCGCGCUUCGUGAAGGCACUAGAGGAGGCUUUCCGGCAGCGCAUUAGCCGGCAGCAGCAAGAUGCCCAGGAGUUCUUGCAGGUAGUUGCCGAGAGACUCUGCGACGAAUACCAUGCGGGACGUAGGGCGCGGUGGCUUGCCCGGCGCACGGCGGCCCCGGAUGGCCAGCCGUCCCUAGAAAAAGGUGCCGCUACCGGUGCUCUCGAUACAGAAAUGCUCCGGUUACUUGGCACGAGCCAGGGAGGCUUGCAGACCCUCGGCCCGUCAGCUGAGGCGGCAAGGGUCGAGUUGGAACCUCACGACAGCAGAGAGAAAGGCAUGGACGGCGAAGAUGAAGAAGGGUUUCCGCUGGAGGGCAGGUUCGAGUCACAAAUCGAGUGCCUUACGUGCCGGUUUAAACCACGGCCCACGACCUCCACCUUUUGCACCCUGACCCUCAACGUGCCCCAAGUUUCAUCGACGACAUUGGGCGCGUGUUUUGACGACAUGUUCAAGACGGAAUACAUCGAUGACUUUAAGUGUGAGAAAUGCCGCCUCUUGCACGCGCAGUCCGUCUUCGAGUCGGAGGCGCAGCGGUCUACAUCCGAGGCAGCGCGGGCGAAAGCCCAGGCAGCGGUGGAAAAGCUGAGGCUCGCCAUUGAAGUAGAUCCGGAGAAACCACCAGAGGAUGUUCAGCUCCCCGAUUUGCGAUAUGCUCCCAAACGCAGAAUCGCACGUCACAUCCGCCUGACCGACUUCCCCAAGGUCCUAGCCAUCCAUUUGUCAAGGUCCAUCUUCGACGCCAGCUACUCAUCACAAAAAAACUCGGCCAAGGUCGCAUUCCCGGAACAGUUGCCGUUGGGUGGUUUGCUCCAGCAACGGAAAUACAAGCUACUUGGCGUCGUGACGCACAAAGGAAGCCAUCACAGCGGGCACUACGAGUCCUUCCGGCGCCAGAAUAUGUACCCGCCCUUUUCCAACCCGAGCACGUUCCAGGCGUCAGAAGCGUACAGCAGGAGGCCCAGUCCAGCGCCGACGCCCCGAAUCGAAGCGGAUGACCAUUCUUCGGGGGUACCUACCGUUCCAGCUUCAGCACAAGAGCCCUCGACCAACGGAAUCAGCACUGAUCUAUCCCCUCCUCCUGACCCAUCCGCGACCGCGACCACUGCGGGGAGCUCCUCCGGUUCUUUACGUAACGACUCGGGCAGCAAAGAAACGCCCACUGAUACGCAAAAUCACGCAGCAUCAGCGCGCCGCCGUGCGCUAGCUGAGAAAUCCAAACUACGAAAGCAGCAGACUCGUUGGUGGCGGAUUAGUGACGAAAAGAUCAAAGAAGCCAGUACCCGUGACGUGUUGGGCAUGCAACGCGAGGUGUACUUGCUGUUUUAUGAGAUUGAACGACAGUCUCUGUAGGGGUAUACCGGAUUUAGAUUAUGCACAGCUACGCAUGUAGACGAUUGAUAGAGGUAUCCUCCUAGCCAGAUACACAUACAAUAGGCAUAGAGUAAUAUGGCCACGGCAUUGGCAAACGCGAUGCUCGCCAAACCAUAUUUCGUGGCUGGGGAGGCGUUCGGUCUUUUCUCUACGGCGAACGGGAAGGACUUUUUGCACGGCGCUAUGGCCAAAGAGGCAUCUGUCAUUGACCCAGUGAGUGACUGUGGAAAACGUAGUAUAACAAUGGCGUGUGCAUGUGGGUAUGUAUACCGGGGCAGAAAG